CACUUCAGGAUAUUGCGCGAGGUCGGGCACGCUAGUUGAAGUCGUAAAGUGCUAGGGUUUUAUCGUUGGGUCUCAAAUGUCCGAUUACGCUGCAUUCCAAACUUUGUUGUUACAACUUCAAAGCUCGGAUAACGAAUCUCGUACACGUUCUGAGACGGCGUACGAUGCCAUUACACCAACAACUCGAUUCACUCUGCUCCUCCAAGUGUUAAAUGACAAGAGUAUUGUCUCUCAGGUUAGUUCUGAGUGUGUUAUAUUUUGGCGUCCGUAGUCAAAUGUCUGUUACGUGGCUAUACUUUACCAUGGGUGUCAGAAUCCCUGUUUGUGUACCUUUGAUAAUUUGUGUUGCCCAAGUAUUUAUCGCCUUUUAGUUUUUCGCAGAUGAGAAAAGUUAGGACUAAACUUUAAAUAUUACAACUACCCUUCAGUUUAUGCCUAUCUUGUUAUGCUUGUUAUAUUUCAUAUCCCAGUAAUUGGUGACCUAACAGAACUGCUUCCUUUCGACCACCCCAGAUUAACUGACAUUUAAUUUUAUCCGCUAAAUCAGAUAUGCUUAAUAGCGACCUACGCAACGAUGUAUAGACCUUUGUAUCAAGAUAUGGAUAGUCACAACUGCUGUACGUGAACUUUCCUAGAACUUAACCGGGAAUGAUUUGGUGCUGGUAUCAAACAACUUUUCGCAGACAUUGAUGUGGCCACAUUUAAUUAAUUGUAGCGAAGUUUGCAACAUGAUAUCGUGCAGCCAACUACUCGUAACCAGACUAACUAUAAGAUUACGUCACAGUGUUCACAAGGUCCUUAUGACUGACAAGGUAUUAUCAUAAUCGGAGUUAAUAUCUCUGAAUGAUAAACAUAAGUUGCACUAUUAUGAACUCUGAUGAAAGUAAUCAAUCAUACCCAAUCCCACCACGACUUAGGAACAGUAGGGUGAGUUAUUGUAUUUCCCGACCUUUCAAUGUUAUUCGUUUACUAAGUUUUGUUUCAUGUCUGAGCUCUUGAUAUUACUAAAUCCAGACAAAAGCGUCCAAACUUACAAAAAAGCUGAACACAAUCCCAUCUGACUAGUGUCUAUUGCUGGUAAUCCCAGUUUGUAAGAAAGGACGCAAGUCCUUUUGUGAUAACCGCAGCAAAAUUAAUUAAACUAUUAUGGUGUCUAAAAUACUAGCCUUUAUAAUCACUUGACACUUAGCUAAGACCUGUGAAAAGCAAGAUGGUUUUGGACCAGGGCGUGUACAUGUUGACCAAAUGUGCUGGAAACGAACAUACCAGCGCCUGACCAUAAUUGUAUUUCUUGACAUUAAGGUAACAUUUAAAUCAGUUGAUCAUCAGGUUGUCAACAUGUAUUAUUGGGAGAUGUAUCAAUGAAUUACGUCAACCUUGCGAAGGUUCUCUUUUACAGUAUUUGUCGAGUGAGCUUAUGAAGAAGUAUCACCACGGUUGUCGACCUUCAAAUAUUGUUCGUCAUAGAUGUCUUAGAAACAACACCUAACUUCAGGGGCUGGUCUACUAGGAGGUUCACUUCGGAUCCACAGGUGCCACCUCUGUCUAAUGAUGCUAAUAAAAUAAAAGUUUCAUGAUCUUGAGCAAAAAUGCUAGCGUGUUCAGAACGCAUUCUUCUCCCUCUAAGUACGAAACGUUUAUUCAGGACUCGUCUGUAUUGUUGUCUGAAUUAAUGAUAGGGAAUCAGGUGGUUGAGUGUGCCGACCGCUUCACUUGUCUUGGGAGUGUAAUCAGUCCUACUUAGAUGGCGUCUGUCGGUAACUUGAUCUUCAUUUGCCGACUUGCGUCACUUGUGGCGCAGAUGAGAUGUCCAUCUGCUAAGUAACAUGUGUGCUGCUCAGCAGUGUGCCCUUUCACGUUAUGAUUGCAAGACAUGGUCCAUGAAAGCAAAAGACAUCCAUGGAUAGCAGGUUUUUGCUCAUGGAUAUCUCCAAAGUAUUUCCUACGCUUUGUGGAGCGACCAAGUGAGCAAUACUGAUGUCAAGCAUUGAAUACUGGGAAAAAAUGAAAAAUCGAUUGGUGAGGUUUUAAACACCCAUUAGCUGUAGUAAUUAAGACGGGCUACUUAUGUUCACCCACCUGGAUGAGCAAUGUUUUCUAUCAAAGUAACCACAUGAUGGGUUCUAUGUAUAAGUCCGUAUCAAAUUAAUGUGCUUCAGUAUGUGAUUUACUAUCGUUUUCUAGAUAAUAAAUGAUUGGCUCUCAGUGUUAAAACGUAGGCUAAUCAGUUAUUAAUUUAGAUGAAUUGUAUCGUCUUUCCUACUUCAAUAAUCGUUUCUAUAACAAACACCAAGUUACUAUGACAUGUGAACAAACCAAAAUUAGUCUUGUGUGUCGGCGAUCAGGUCACGCUUUUUGUCCCCAACUUCCUGUCCUGCAGAUGUUACCAACUUCCUAAAUACUAUCACAUUAGUGUCUAUUUGGUCCGUCAUGACUGUUUUAAGACUGAAAAAUUUAUGUAAACAUAAUACUGGUCAAAACCAUCUUGUUUGUAAUUGUAGUACUACAUACUAAAAAGUCUGUGGGGUUGGGUUUCACCUUGAUUGCUGUGAUGUUAUUCACUUUCGAAAUAAUUUUUUUGUUAAUUUUUAAAUUUCUGGAUUGUUGUCAGUCUCGACAUAUGGCUGCGAUUCUCGCACGCCGGCUACUAGUCAAUGAUUAUGGUUCAGCAUUCUUGCCUCUUCCAGUCGAAGCAAAAAAUUCAGCUAAGCAACAGCUAGUUUUAAUUUUAGUUCAUGAAAGAGAACAAUUAAUGCGCAGAAAAGUAGCUGAUCUGAUCUCCGAACUGGUUCGAAUGCAGUCCGAUGAUGAUGGUAAUUCUGAAUGGCCAGAAUUCACUUCCAUUUUGCUUGAAUGGUCAAAUUCACCUGAUUCCGGGUUACGCGAAAUCGCCUGCCACAUUUUUGGAUCAGUGCCAUCACUAUUUGGAAACCAACAGGCACAGAGCAUAGGGAUUAUUGGUCAGUUUCUGGUCAGGGCUAUUUCUGACCCUUCAAGUUCAGAGCUUAGAGCUGCAGGGUUACGUGCCUUAGCUGCCUUUACUGUUCAAAAUGCAACUGAAGACUCUGUACUUCAAUCUCUCCGAGAAUUGGUUCCCGUUGCGCUACAGGCUAUUGCUACUGCUAUCCAAACAGAUUCAGAAGAUGAUACACCUCUAAAAGCUUUAGUUGACAUUGCAGAUGCUGCGCAUAAAUACUUAAGACCUUAUCUAGCGCCUACAUUGGAGUUAUGCUAUAAGAUAUUGUGUAACGAAGAGCUUGAGGAAACACAAAGACAUCUAGCCUUGGAAGUGAUUGUUACACUAGCAGAAAAUAUACCAGCAGGUGUACGAAAGUCAUCCAGUUUAAUCGAGUCUCUUGUCGGAACAUUGCUCAACAUGAUGUCAGAAGUUGACGAAGAACCUGACUGGGCUGAUGCUGACACUGCAGAAGAGGAGGAUGACAGUAGUAAUGCUCUCACGGCGGAACUUGCACUUGACAGGUUAUCAUGUGCUGUAGGUGGUCAACAUAUCUUAAAUGAAAUCCGUCGAUCUGUCCCAAAUAUGCUGCAAAACGCUGACUGGAAGCGACGGUAUGCUGGAUUAAUGGCAAUUUCCGCAUGCAGUGAAGGGAGCAGCAAACAGAUGGAGACUAUGCUUGGUUCUAUAUUAGAUGCCGUCCUCCCUCGUCUUAGUGAUCCGCAUCCACGUGUUCGAUAUGCAGCUUGCAAUUCUGUUGGACAAAUGGCAACGGAUUUCGGCCCAAAACUACAGAAAACUCAUCACAGUACUGUGCUCCCAGCAUUAGUCCAAACACUUAACGAUACAGUGCCUAGAGUACAAGCCAAUGCUGGGGCUGCUCUAGUCAAUUUCUGUGAGAAAGUACCACAGCACAUUCUGGUAAAUUACUUGGAUGAUCUGGUCUCCAAACUCGAACAAAUCAUGAAUUCCAAGUUUCAGGAGAUGGUGGAGCAUGGUCGCAAGUUAGUGCUCAUGCAAAUAGUAACAACUGUGGCAUCUGUUGCUGAUGCAGCUGAAAAAAAGUUCUUACCGUAUUAUGAUCGUUUUAUGCCAGUCCUAAAGUAUAUAAUGGAAAAUGCUAUACACAAAGAUUUACGUCUAUUGCGUGGUAAAACUAUUGAGUGUAUAAGUCUUAUUGGAUUGGCUGUUGGAAAAGAAAAGUUUAUUCAGGAUGUCGGUCCGGUAAUGAAUCUAUUACUUCAAACUCAAACUCAAACGGAUUCUGAAUCAUCAGAUGAAGAUGAUCCUCAAGCUUCUUAUAUGAUUAGCGCUUGGGCACGAAUCUGCAAGCUAUUGGGUCGUGAUUUCGAAAGUUAUCUUCCUGUUGUUAUGCCACAAGUAUUACGCUCUGCCUGUGUAAAACCUGAGAUAUGUAUCCUCGACAAUGAUGAAGCAGACGAUGUAGAAUCGGAUGUUGAUUGGCAAGUUGUCAAAUUGGGAGAGGACCGUAAUUAUGCAAUUCGUACAAGUGGACUAGAGGACAAAGCAACAGCUUGUCAGAUGCUGGUUUGUUAUGCACGUGAAAUGAAGGAGAGUUUUGCUCCUUAUUGUCAACAAGUUUUGGAUAUUAUGGUCCCGUUGCUUGACUUCUAUUUUAAUGAUGAAGUUCGUAGUGCUGCUGCCGAAUGCUUACCUUUUCUUCUUAGUAGUAUGAAGGUUAAGCAACCAGAAUUGGUAAAAGCUGCCUGGGAACGUGUACACAAAAGUCUUAUACGAGCAGUAACCAGCGAACCUGAACGUGAUGUUGUAGCAGAUCAUCUACAAGCACUUGCAAAUUCUAUCGAAGCAGUUGGAAAGACUUACGUGACAAGUGAUCAAUUAGCUGAAAUUCGAAAACUGUUAGAUCAUUUGUUUCAUGAACAUUUUGAAAAAAGUGACGAACGUCUUGCACAACGACAGAAUGAAGAUUAUGAUGAAUUCGAAGAAGAACGCCUGUUAAGUGAAAAAGAUGAAGAUGAAUAUGUUUUAUCAAAAAUGUGUGAUAUUGUUCAUUCCAUUUUCGCUGCCUUUGGUGUUGAAGCACUUCCUUUCUUUCAACAACUUAUGGUAUUCUGUGUCAAACUCCUGGAACAAAAUCGUCCUUGGUCAGAUUUGCAGUGGGGCAUCUGUUUAUGGGAUGAGGUAAUUGAAUUUACUGGAACACAGAGUUGGCAAUUUCAUCAAUUCUUCUUGCCUACAUUUGUCCAGGCUGUACAUCACCAGCAGCCGGAUGUUCGCCAAGCUGUUGUUUAUGGGAUCGGUGUAGCUGCUAUAAAAGGCGGUCCUGAGUAUAAUCAAAUAUUGUCUGAUUUUGUUGGACCACUUAUACAGCUUAUUGAAGCCCCAGAUUCAAAGUCUGAAGAAAACAAUUUAUGCACCGAAAACGCAAUUAGCGCUGUCACAAAGAUUAUGAAAUAUCGACCUGAAUGUUUACCGCCAGCACUAGGAGGUAUUGACGCUUUGAUCGUUCGAUGGUUAGGUUGGCUUCCUAUAUGUGAUGAUACUGUAGAGACUGAACAUGUAUACGGCUAUCUAUGUGAUCUUAUUGAAGCCAACAAUCCUGUUGUUAUUGGGCCGGAUAAUUCCAACCUACCCCGUAUCGUUCGUGCUAUCGCUGAAUCUAUGUCUACUGGCGGAUUGUUUGAUACAAAUGCUGAAGAAAAUCGGUCGAAAUUGGAAACGGUUCAUGAGACUAGUGGUUUCAAUCAGCAAAACGGUUUGGAUAAACCUUCCGCUUAUCAACGAUGCGUAUCCAUACUGCGCCACAUACAAUCUAAUUCAUCUUUGGUAGAGGUUUGUGUCAGUCAAUUAAAUGAAGAACAACGUAAAGCUCUUGGAAUUGCUUUAAUGGGUCAUUAAUAUGAAUAAGAUAGACCAUUUCAUAAAAUUAAUUUUAUGCCUAUUCUGAUUGUUUAUAAACGUGGAUAAAUUUAAUUUAUCAUUCUAAUUAAUAUCUUUACUAUUUCCUUCUUUAUAGAGAAGUAUACUACAUUACUUUAUUAAUGUUUUGUAGAUCUUGUAAAUUAUUCCAAAAAAGUGUAGAAUAAGCACUUCCUAUUUGAAAAGAAAAUAUUUUUUCUCUCUCUCUUCUAUCUGCAUGGAUAUUUCAGUUUUUUGUCUACUUUGUUAUGGUCUUCUAUAAACUAAAUUGUAUGCGUACCACCGAAGUCUUUUUUAAAUUAAACCAAUCAGAUUCAAAUUAUGACAUUGUUUGACGCUUAAUAUGUAUCGUAUUUGUUCAUAUAUGUAUUGGUAUCUGUUUCAGUGUUUUUCUGAAUAACUUUUCUCAUGUGCUUUCCUCAUAUAGAUUUUCCCUUGGAUCAGGAUAAUAAAUGUAACAUAUGUGGUUUAAUUUAAUUAACCGUUUUCAUUUCAGCCAGUACUUCAAUAUUCAUGUAUGUUUUAAUCUGAUGCUGUUAGUCAUAAAUAAAGUAAGCUUAGCUGGUUGGUCAUUCAUUGUUUUUUGUUGUUACUUCGGUUUUUCAUCCGUUAUCCAUUAAUUCGCAUCUCGUAAAUUUAAAAGUUUACAGGAGGAAAAUUUAUUUGUUCAUUUCUAUGUAACAGUAUUGUUAAAUACAAAAUGUCUAUCUCGUCUUCCUGUUACUAACAAUAGUGGUAUUGAGCCUGUC